GGAUUUGGAAGACGGACCAAAACAAGAAAUGGGGGAACAUGAAUGAAGCUCAGCGGUGAUGCUACAGUUUCUUAAAUUUAUUGUCGUUAAGUAGUCUACAAUAAUACUUCUUUGUUUUUUUUCUAUUAUAGUAGCUAACGCUAAACUAAAUCCAGAGAUGUCUAAGAAAAGCUCCUCUGAAAACUCUGACCGUUUUGAAUAUUUACAAACUCUGGUGACUGAGUUUCAGGACACCGACAGUGAAGGUGGGAUAUUCACUGAUCUAUUCACUGAUUUAUUCACUGAUUUAUUGAUUUUUUUAAUCAGAGAUCUUUUAAGGAAUUAACUUUAGACAAGCUUAUGAGAACCGGACAAAAACCUGGUUUAUAAUUUUAGGAUCGAGGGCCUCAGAUGUAUGUACACUCUUAUCCCUUUUCCUUUAAUGUAUAGUUUAUUGAGAGAAUUAGGACCAAGUCAGACAAACUACCUUCAUUCAAAGGUAAAAGAGGGAGAAAAAGACUGGCUCACAAUGUAAAAAAAAAAAAAUAAAGCAGACAGAUUAAAAUUCAUAAACAAAAAAAUCAAGAAAUAAAAGAAAAUACACACAAAAAAUCUACUUCAAGCUUGACUUUUCACCUGCUCAGAACAAAGACUUCUUUGUCCACAGGGGGCGCCAAAAUCAAUUCUCGCAGAAGGUUUAAUUAUAGUACUACAAUUUAGUAAAAUACAAAAAUUCUGGUAAAUUCGGGUCAGGCUUUUCGUAACAAUACAAAAAUAAAUGUAAAGUGAUAACUGACUUUGCUGACCUGAUCCUCAGCAGCAAAGUGUCUGAGAGCUUUGACUUUGCUGAAAUGUUCCUCUUCUUCUCACUGUUCUGUAAGAAUGAGCGGAUUUGUUCUUACUGUGUUUACCUUUCUAAAAUAGACACUUCAAGAUGAUAGUCUUGUUCAGACAGCAGGAUUUAUUUUCUAGAAGUUACCUUUAAACCGGUCAAAUAAGGCUCCAUAUGAAAAGACUUAAGACUCUGUACUGCUUUAGUUAAAAAAAUCUGUUAAUUUAUUCAUUAAAUUGUCAUUUUUAACCCCCAUCAGAGGCAAAGGAGCAGGUGCUGGCUAAUCUUGCUAACUUUGCAUAUGAUCCAAACAACCUGGAUUAUCUGAGGGAGCUGCAAGUGAUCGACCUCUUCCUGGACAUGCUCACAGAGGAGAACGAGAACUUUGUGGAGUUUGGGAUGGGUGAGUUUAGAGUCAUUAUCUGUCUCUGAUUACUCUGAUUACUGAUUACUUAAUUUUGCAUCUGCUUUCUCUUCUCCUAACAAACAUCCUGGUAUGUGUCCUGCUCUCAGGGGGGCUGUGUAACCUGAGCAUGGACCCUGAAUGCAGAGAUUUAAUCCUGCAAAACAGCGGGAUCAGCUUGGUCACAAACUGUCUGUCCAGCCACAGAGAGGAGACUGUCCUGUCAGCCAUCACCAUACUGAUGAACCUCCUCACGCCCUCGUCUCGCUCUGAGAUCACCGACCCCGCCAUCACGCAGUGCAUGCUGCGUUUCUCCCUCUCAGAGAGCCCUCGUCUGAGGAACCUGGCCUCCGUGUUCCUGCAGGACUGCUGCAGUGAGGAGCAGGUGAACCGAGCGGAGCAGCAGAUGCAGGGACAGCAGAGCGCAGUCGGCAUCCCGCUGCCAAAAGACUGAGUAACAGAUGAGGAGUCGAUGUGGAGGAUCUUUGAAGGGUGGUUAUUUUGCUCUCUGUGAGAGAAUGAAAAAUAUUAUUCAACUGUACGGUUAAAAGUAUGUGGACAGUUUUGUUGAUUAUAUUGUCUAAAGCGGAGUGCGUUAAUCUUCUGCCUUAACCUCCGUCACUGCUCUGGUUUCAGACCUUUAGCCAUAAAAGCACCAGUAAGGCCUGACUGAUGUUACUGAAUAGAAUCUGGCUGUGGGACAUAAGGUUUUAGAUUGCCUGAGGGGCUGCAGCAGCUCAGUGUGUAGGCUCUUGUCACCAAACCCCAGCUGCUCAUCUGUGUGCAGCCCCCUCUCUCUGACAUCUCUUUAUUAGGGCUAGUGUGCCCAUAAGAUCCUGUUAAUAAUGUGUGUGUGUGUGUAUUUCCGACCUGUACAGCACGUUUAAGAAAGAGAAUGAUUAUCAAAUCUUCCUCACUCUUUAAUUUACCAGAUUUUCGUGGUUUAUUAAGGGCAUUUUAAAUAAUGGUGCUAAAGUUUACAUUAUUAUACUGGAGGAAAUCUGCAGACCUCAUACUGGUGGGCCAAUAAUAACACAGAUAUGAUCUUGUGGGCCAGAUAUAAUUGUUCCACAGGCCAGAUUUGGCCCCCGGGCCUUGAGUUUGACACCUGUGGUUUACAGCUUUGUUCCUCUUACACAGAGAUUCCCUGUAUUUUAUGGUUUUUAGAUUUUGAAAUCCUCAAUUUCUUUGCAAAGCCUUGAUAAGCUGAUAACUUGUCUGUUUUAAAAUCAAACCCAGGCUUUAAAUGGUUUGUAAUCUGUUUUUAUCAACAUUCAGACAGUGUCCAAUGAUUGUGGAUUCAUGGAUAUAAUAAGAAUAUGGUUUCCUGGGGAGUUCAGAAAUGAAUGCAGAUGACUUGUGAUCAUCCUGCUCAUCUAUAAAUGAAUCGUUAUCUUUCAGUUAAAUAGGUACAGACUGUUUUCUACAUUUUUAACCACAGCGCUCCUCAGAGAGUGUUAUGCUCUCUGCUGCCACAUGGGGGAGACUGGAUCGGUUAAAGGCUGUUCCUGACCACACACAUAAUGAGUUCCCUUUCAUUCUACCAGGGUUAAUUACUAAAGAUACUUAAACAGCAGAUUUACAGUUCAGUUACAGCUAAUUCUGAUGUGUUUGCCAAACACUGUCCUCAGAGGGUUGUUGCUAAAGCUCACUGGCUGCAGUUUUAAUUUCACCGCCUAUUUUUCCCAAAAAUGUAAAUUCCCUUGGCUCUGAAUUGAAUUCCUCAGACCCGGUGUGGAUGCUGGAGCGCAUUGAAACAAAUUGUUAGACUCCUGCACUUGGCACUUUGUUAAAACCCUCAAACAUUAAAUCUGAUCCCAAAAUAUGUAAAAAUAAAGGAACACUAAAUAAACCUUGUGGUUUCCUUUUAAGAGCCAGGAGCUCCGUUUGUUUUCUUCUGGGCUUUUAAGAGCUAUUUCUGGGCCGAGUCCUUCAGGUCUAGACAGAAGACGACAUUCGAUCCUGCAGAGCGGCACCGGUUGGACUGCACAUGUAGCUCGAUCAGACUCUAGAGGAAAUUCUUUACAGCUUUGAGUGUGUGUUUCUGUGAUAUUUGCUCAUUUAAGAAUCCCACAGUGUUCUCAUUUUCAACCCGAGUGUGUGUAAGUGUUUCUGAAUGGCAUUCCAGGGGAUUGAAAGGCGUGCACCUGCCACCCAGAUCAAUAAAAAUACCUUCAUUCUUCCCGUAAAGAGAG